AUGGUCGGCUACGAGAACGCUGUCCAGAACCGCACCUCCGUCUACCUCGUCUCUUCCGCCUUCGCCGAGUUCUUCGCCGACAUUGCCCUCUGCCCCCUCGAGGCCACCCGUAUCCGUCUCGUCUCUGAGCCCACCUUCGCUUCCGGUCUCGUUUCUGGUUUCUCCAAGAUCGCAAAGACUGAGGGUCUUGGUGGUUUCUACUCUGGCUUCGGUCCCAUGCUCUUCAAGCAGUAA